AUGAAAUAUGGAGCUUGGACUUCGAGAAUCAAGCUACUUUCUCUACUUGUGCUGAUAUUGCUACUACUUCUUCAUCAGCUCAGAGGUAGUUUUUUAUUGCAGCAAACUACUAUCAACACCACAUGGAUCCUACAGGAAGAUGCAAUCAAUGCUCCGACCUUCUCUGAUUCUGAUGAAAGAUUGACAUUGGUCCACUGUGUAGGAGAAAACUUUCUUCCGGGAUCAUCUUGGCACUCCAAGUCCUGUCAUUACCGCAAUCUUUGCUAUCAUGACCAGCAGCAAUGGACCCUUCGUCCAUCCUCCACCUUGCAACUCGAACUUGAGGAAGAGAACAACUUCUUCUUCUUCUCAUCCACAAAAUUGCAGCAAAAUGUUUCGACCAUUGGACUACGUCCAAGUUGGGUUCGGAACAAACAAUAUCGAUGGAGUCCAAACCUCGAUGUGACGAAUAAUGCUGACCGCGACACUAUCAGGAAAACGGUUCGAAAACAUGUGGAUCGUACCGUGAUCAUCGUGUCGGUUCCACCAUUUGGAUCCAUGAUAACAUUUUUGGUCGAUCUUCUCUUUCCAAUCUUCAACUUGAUUGAACUGUUUCAUUUGCAAAGCAGCACAUUUGAUAAACCAAUCCUGGUUAACCUUUUGAAUAUUCAAGACUUGAAUGAUGAUGAUAUUGCUUGGAUGGAAAAGGGUUUGAGUUGGAUGGGAUAUGAACUCAUGUAUCGCAAUAUUUCUUCUUUGACGACGAAUCUUUCUAGUAGUAGUUCUCAAAUCCCGUACUGCUUUUCCCACGCCGCCGCGGGGAUUGGAAUGUUGACAGUCACGGGGCUCUCCCAACGGGGGGCCCUUGCCACCGACUAUCAGCCAGCUUGGUCAAGAAAUCAUGCUGGUCGAGGAGUCCUCCUUCACCAGUUUCGAAACCAUGUACUCCGCCAUACAUUGACAAAGAAGAAGAAGGAGAAGGAGAACUUGGAAGACAGUAGCAGUCGUAAGAAGAUGAUUCAGCUGGCCUUUACAGCGACGACUCGAGAUAAUUGGAAGGAUCUUUCCAAAUGCCUAGACGAUACAGUUGCCACCACACAGAACAGUUAUUCCAUACGGCACAUCGAUUGGACAUCUCAUGGCAGAAUGAAUAAUACCGUUGAUCUAAUGGAAACCGCCGCCAGUUCGUAUGCAUGGAUCGCCGAUGCCAACAAUGAGAACUGUACUUGGCCGGCACUCUUUCUUCCCAAAGGGGCACAUUUGAUUUUGUUGUACGAUUCCAAUGUUCUCGUCAAGAACAAGAAGAAGCGCAACAAGAAUAGUAAUGGUGGCAAUGGGAGACCAAUCAAAUUAGACUUUGGACUUUGGAAUCAACUAUCCCACAUUCAUGUCCAUUGGCUCUCACUAUCCCAUCCGCCCGUGACACUUGCCAACAUGAUGGCAGGUAUCCUUUUGAACAAUAAUAUUUCGGGAAACGACACGAUCAAAAGUGAUACCCAAGAUGGGACACGACAAAUACACAGUGAUUCUUCAACAAAAGUCAGAUUCGAUGGAGGAAUGCCUCUCAGUUUAAAGACUAGACACAUGCCCGAAGGAUCUUCCAAGGUGCAUUGCAUCGGUGAAAACUGGAUGUGGAAUGCAGCACACUACCGGUCGUGUCAUGUGCAACAUUUGUGUUUCGACACAGUUUCCAAGACCUUUGUCUUGCCCGCGACUGCAACGCAUAACAAUAAUGGUCGUCUUUUGCCAAUGGAUGCCGUAUCCACCUGGGUCGACCCACAAACGACAAAGGUAAUGAUGGGUCAUUCCAUUCGGCAUUCGACGUCAGAAGAUGCUUGGUUUCCUCUCCUGCAAUCAUCGUCAAGUCCAAACAAGGAUUAUUCGUACUAUGCAUUGGAUCCCAACGUGAUUUGGUUGCCUUUUUUCUCCGAGCAGCCCAACAUUAGCAAUCCUGGCCACUUGCUGUGGGACUUUUGGCUUCCAAUGUUCACUCUAAUGGAACUAUUCUUACCAAAAGAUGGAGGAAGGCCAAAGUUGCUAUUGACCAACUUGGAUUCAUCCUGCACCAAAGGGGCAAUUGAUGCAAGCUGCUACAAAAUGGUAUCCAAGUUUCUGCCGCUAUUGGGGGUAUCCAACGAUUCACUGGUGAGCGCAAUGGUGGAAUCCCAACUAUGGGAUCCGACCACUGAUGUUCCGGAGCACCCAACACCACUAGUUUGCGCGGAGAACGGGUUGAUGGGAAUUGGAAUGCUGACGGACCACGGCAGCAAGAAGCAUGGUCAGCUUUUGGAGGACUACCAAUCUGUUCAGAAUAUUGGCAGAGGCCCCAUGUUUUGGAGGUUUCGAAACUUUAUGUUGAAGAAUCUCAAACAAGAAGAAUCGAGCGGACGCCCAGCAGCACCUUGGAAAAUUACCUUUUCUAUCAAUUCCAGUCAGAAUCCAAGUCGGCGAAGAGCCAUGGAGCGACAAAUUGAAAUCGCCCAAGAGUUAUUUCCUCCAGAUGGAAACGAGCUCGGUAUUGUUGUCGAGUCUGUUCAACUGGGCCAAUUGGCGCUGGAAGCUCAAACGAAACUGAUGGACGAAACGGCAGUCUUUGUCAGCGUCAUGGGUGGUUCCGCAUCUACAGCCAUGUUUCUGCGACGAGAUACGAGUUUGAUAUUGUACUACAACGAUAUCGACGACUUUGCCAAAGGAAAUCCGAACAAGGGUGGAAAUAGUAUUCCCAACCGAAUGGAUUGGGAUUUUUGGAACAAUGCCUCCUAUUUACGAGUUCAUUGGCUCCCAAUCCGCACAAUGGAUGCUGAAAAUGAUUUGAAAUCCUUUGCUAGGUUACUGCAAGUUGAGGUCAAUACGGCUAUGCUCUUGGCCCAAGAACAAAGUACGGCAUAG